AUGCCCAGAAACGGAGCUGCUUGCUUUAAAAGACUGGCGCAUAAUCUGGCGAUACGUAAAUACUUGCAGAACAAUAUCGCGAUUGCGGACUCCACGGUUUUCCAGGGCACUCUUUAUGAACAUACUGUUGUUCGGGAGCUGAGCGAGAAGUUGCUGGUGAAAAACCUUGAGGUUUGCGGUGGUUCCUAUGAUGGAGGAAUAGACAUUCGCGGGAAAUGGCCUGUGGAUCAAAUAUUCAAAACUGCCCGCGAAAGAUUUGACCUCAGUGCCGAGUUUCCCAAGAAAGCCAGUGUCAAUGGAGCCCAGUUCAAGCCCGUACGACAUAAGCUAGACUCGAAGUCGCCGUUCAGGCCUUUGAAUGUCUUGGUGCAAUGCAAAGCCUUCAAAAACGCCAAGAUAACAGGCAAGGAAAUAAGAGAAUCUAUGGGUGCGUUUUCAUCUUGCGUUCCGGCAUCGCGCCGGACCCAGUACGUACUCAUGCUGAGCUCCCCCAACAUGCUGACGCGCGAUGGUCUUAAUGUGAUGAAUGGUCUGGCAAUUCCGCUAGUCUACAUACGGGUUGAGAUGCUGAAGUCACACCAAGGGUGGUUCGACUUAGAGAACUCGGGAAAGCUACAGAACUACUACGAGAACGAGUUCGCUUCAAAGUUUUUGCAAAACUGCGGUGUUUCGCAAUGGCUGAAGUUCAAGUUGUAUCAGUCUCUCUCCCAAGAAGCUGUGUCGAAGACUGCCGGCGGUCUUUCUGGUCUCGAAGCCUCGAAUGUUAACUAG